AAGCGCGCGGGCACGCAGGGGGCGGGCCGGGCGCGCCCGACUUUUCCAGAACACCCGGAUAGCGCCUUUCGGCCACGCUGAGCCGGCUCGGGCCCUUCCGUGCGUCGCUCUCCUCCUCUUCCUCCUCUUCCUCCGCUGGCUCGGCAAUGGCGGCCGUGAAGACCCUAAACCCCAAGGCCGAGGUGGCGCGAGCCCAGGCGGCGCUGGCGGUCAACAUCAGCGCCGCGCGGGGGCUGCAGGACGUGCUGAGGACCAACCUGGGCCCUAAAGGCACCAUGAAGAUGCUCGUGUCUGGUGCCGGCGAUAUCAAGCUGACUAAAGAUGGCAACGUGCUGCUUCAUGAAAUGCAAAUACAACAUCCGACAGCCUCCUUAAUUGCCAGAGUGGCCACAGCCCAGGAUGACAUCACCGGCGAUGGCACCACCUCCAACGUCCUGAUCAUCGGGGAGCUGCUCAAACAGGCAGACCUCUACAUUUCCGAAGGUGUUCAUCCCAGAAUAAUAACAGAAGGAUUUGAAGCUGCAAAGGAAAGGGCUCUUCAAUUUUUGGAACAGGUCAAAGUAACCAAAGAGAUGGACAGAGAAACACUGAUAGAUGUGGCCAGAACGUCUCUACGGACUAAAGUUCAUGUUGAACUUGCUGAUGUCUUAACAGAGGCUGUAGUGGAUUCCAUUUUGGCUAUUCACAAACAAGAUGAACCUAUUGAUCUCUUCAUGGUUGAGAUCAUGGAAAUGAAACAUAAAUCAGAAACUGAUACCAGCUUGAUCAGAGGUCUUGUUUUGGACCAUGGGGCAAGGCAUCCUGAUAUGAAAAAGCGAGUGGAAGAUGCAUAUAUCCUCACCUGCAAUGUGUCUUUAGAAUAUGAGAAAACGGAAGUGAACUCUGGUUUUUUUUAUAAGAGUGCAGAAGAAAGAGAAAAACUAGUAAGAGCUGAAAGAAAAUUCAUUGAAGAUAGAGUUAAGAAAAUAAUAGAGCUGAAAAGGAAAGUUUGUGGCGAUUCAGAUAAAGGAUUUGUUGUUGUUAAUCAAAAGGGAAUUGACCCGUUCUCCCUGGACGCUCUUGCUAAGGAAGGCAUAGUAGCUCUGCGCAGGGCUAAGAGGAGGAAUAUGGAAAGAAUGACCCUUGCUUGCGGUGGUGUAGCUCUAAAUUCUUUAGACGACCUGAGUCCUGACUGCCUGGGAUACGCAGGACUGGUCUACGAGUAUACUCUGGGAGAAGAGAAGUUCACCUUUAUUGAGAAGUGUAAUAAUCCUCGCUCUGUAACCUUAUUGAUCAAAGGACCAAAUAAGCACACGAUCACUCAGAUCAAAGAUGCAAUAAGAGACGGUUUGAGAGCUGUUAAAAAUGCUAUUGAUGAUGGCUGCGUGGUUCCCGGUGCCGGGGCAGUAGAAGUGGCAAUGGCGGAAGCCUUGAUCAAGCAUAAGUCCAGUGUGAAAGGCAGAGCCCAGCUUGGGGUUCAGGCAUUUGCUGAUGCUUUGCUCAUUAUUCCUAAGGUUCUUGCCCAGAACUCCGGCUUUGACCUUCAGGAAACAUUAGUUAAACUUAAAGCAGAACAUUCAGAAUCAGGUCAACUUGUGGGUGUGGACUUGAACACAGGUGAGCCGAUGGUGGCAGCAGAAGCGGGCAUAUGGGACAACUACUGUGUAAAGAAGCAGCUUCUUCACUCCUGCACUGUUAUUGCUACCAACAUUCUCCUGGUUGAUGAGAUUAUGCGAGCUGGAAUGUCUUCUCUAAAGGGUUGAAUUAAGGCUUCCGCCAUAUAUCCUCUGAAUCAUGUAGACUGCAGAGUGAAAAAUAUAGCUGUGGGAUUUUUAUCCAAGCUUCCGAGUGAUUUUUCAAAGGAAUUUUCUUUUCCCAUACGAAAAAAAGGAGAGACUGCUGGUACCUACUCAAAUUCUGGUGUUCUGAGAUUAUAAUUACAGUAUUUUUUAAAUUGCACUGAUGUGUACAUCAAAAAAAAGCAAGCUGUUUUUUAUCCAUUGAACCAGAUAUUUUGUUUUAGCUUCAUUGAUGAAAAAUAAAUAUUAGAUAAUCAUAUGUUACCUUGUUAUUAAAAUAAUCCUUGAAGAACUAUUAAUGGUUUAGUAAUUUCUAUUAGAUGUAUUUUAAUUUAUCCACUAGUUCCCUAUUACCCCGAGUUUGUUUUUAUAGUUUAUGCUAAUAUAAAUAAUGAUUUAAAGUUUGAAAGCAUCUGUCUCCCAGGUGUACAUUCCUGAGUAAAAUAUUGGAUCUGGUGGCCUUUUCUGACUUUAGAAGUAGCUUUGCUAAUGUUCUUCCACAAAAGAAAAAAGGUGCGUUGCAGAUGGAUGAACUAGAGGCAAGGGACCCAAAGAGCUACAAGUAUAAAAUGGCAAAACCAAAUAGAAGUGGACUGGAUAUGGUUGAGGGGCUGUUGGUUAUGGACUGGUGAGGCUUUACAUGCUGUGAACCACACUUCCAUACCCCUGAACUUUGCUUUUGCUGAAAUGUCCGCCCCAGAUCUCACACUGUCAUCUUUUUCUUGCCCAAAUUACUGUUUGUCCUACAUCAAAUCUGCAGUCCUUGAAGGUCAAGUUGUGUAUUGUUAAGCUUUGUAUCUUAAGGAUGUGGCACUUGCCUUCCAUGAGUGUGCAAUAAAUGUAAAGUUGAAAACCUU